AUGACAAAGGAACGCCUCUGUUGUGGUUUGAACAUUUUCGACAUGUUCAUGCGAAGAAUUCGUCAAAUGAUGGGCGAUGAUCCUAUUUGGACUGGCGGUUAUCCUCCGAACGGUGUCAUGUGGGUUGACGAAUGCGUUGAGUUCCAUCGUGUCUGGUCUGCCCUCCAAUUUUUCAUCUGUCAACCUCGUGCUACUGACGACGAACGUUUAGUCGAGUUUAUCUGCUACAAAACUUAUCUUCCCCAUUUCAUCUCGUUUACAAGUUGUACGGUAAAUGUUCUAAUUGCACAUUUAUAUAGGGAGCUUUUUGGCGACUCUUUACAAUGGGCUGGGAUGUCGAUCAUUUGCUUGUUAGGACAACAGCGACGGUUUGAAGUUUUAGACUUCUGCUAUCAUCUCCAUAGAAUACAGAAACUUGAUGGAAAGGAUGAGACUAUCAACAAUGUUCGCCUAGCUCGGAUGGUCGACAGGAUAAGACGUUUCCAGCUGUUGAACUCUCAAAUUAUAACUAUUCUGACAAACUACUUGAAUCCCAGCGAAGAGUUUGAGGAAGAAAACGUUCGGGAGUUCAUGCCACCUACGCACCCGUCUCUUAGCGGGCAAUAUCCCGUGGAAUCGUAA